UUUGACAAUUCCACCCAGCUCUAUAACUGUCAUCUUGUUGCUCCUUAUAGAACAUUUCUUUUUCGCUUUUCUUGUGGCUGGUUUUCCCCUGCUAGCACUCAGUAUGUCUGGGCGCGGGAAGCAAGGAGGCAAAGCUCGCGCCAAGGCUAAGACCCGGUCAUCGCGAGCCGGACUCCAGUUCCCCGUGGGCCGAGUGCACCGCCUGCUCCGAAAGGGCAACUACUCCGAGCGGGUCGGUGCCGGGGCCCCCGUGUACCUGGCGGCGGUGCUGGAGUACCUAACGGCUGAGAUCCUGGAGCUGGCGGGCAACGCGGCCCGCGACAACAAGAAGACGCGUAUCAUCCCGCGCCACCUGCAGCUGGCCAUCCGCAACGACGAGGAGCUCAACAAGCUCCUGGGUCGCGUGACCAUCGCUCAGGGUGGCGUCCUGCCCAACAUCCAGGCUGUGCUGCUGCCUAAGAAGACCGAGAGCCACCACAAGGCCAAGGGCAAGUGAAACGU